AGUGGGGAUUUCGCAGUGUGUGUUGAGGUUUUGAACCCUCCUUCUGGUGGUGCUACCCAACCAUUCAAUGUUACCCUACUUCCCGCAGAAGAAAUUUCCAACCAACAUCAGCAAUGGGUGCAAUGUAGCACAGUGUUUGAAUUUGAACGAGGAACCUCUGUGGAGUGUGUUGACUGCAGCAUCGCCCAAGAUGAUGAGUGUUACAACAGCACGUCCUUUGAACUGAUCCUUGGUGUACCAUCUACAUACACACUCCAUCCAUCAAGAUCUAGGACUAGAAUCACUGUUGAUGAUAGCAGAGAGCCAGAAUGUU